ACUCUGUGGUAACAGUUUUUGAAAUAUGCCACUAGUCAACUUCCAAUAGUUUUCAACUGUCAGCUUUAACAACAUUGAGAAUAUGAGGAGUUAGUAGGAAGCAAAGAGAGUGAGUUACUCAACUUCUUCCCUGUUUUAUCUCCCGGCGGUGUGGAAGAGCGCAGAGGCAGACAGGUCCGGCCUGAGUAGUGUGGAGCUCCUGGGCGUUUUGAUCAGAUAGGGUGGAGUCCCAACGGGAGAAAGGAAUGUAAUACACAGACGAGCCGAGGAACACUAGUGGCAGUACCGCGGAAGGGAUAUACGGCCAUACACAGCGGUUCAAGCAAAAAAGACAAGGUAGUCUACAGGUUGAUGCCCACUUGAGGGUUUGAGUCCCUUCCUCCUAACCCUUGACCCCUAACCCCGACCCCAUCAUGGCCCACCGGUCCCAGAGUUCGGACAUCGGGGACAACCCCCUGGACCCUAACUUCCUGCCCCCCCACUACAGAGAAGAAUACCGUCUCGCCAUUGAUGCUCUGGUGGAGACAGACCUACAGGGCUACUAUGAAUUUCUUCAGACAGCAGAUGUGGUCGACUUUCUCUGUCAACCGGAAAUUGAACACAUCAAGACCACGAUCCAGACACCCAACCAGGCCCCGACCUCGAACGUACCGGAGCUGCCCUAUCAUGAGGCAGACGCCGACGGCUCGUCUGACACCUACUGGCCGAUGCACUCUGACACAGCGGCCCCGGGGUUGGACCUGGGCUGGCCCCUCCAGGCGCACAGCUUUAUCGGCCCCACCGAGGUCACGACCCUGGUCAACCCCAGCGAGCCCGACAUGCCAAGCAUCAAGGAGCAGGCCAGACGACUCAUCAAGAACGCACAGCACGUCAUCGCUGUGGUGAUGGACAUGUUUACAGACGUGGAUCUGUUUUCUGACUUGCUGGAUGCCGCGGCACGUCAAGUCCCCGUCUACAUUCUAUUGGACGAACAGAAUGCCCAUCACUUCGUCUCCAUGGUGAUCAACUGUAAGGUCAACUUGGAUCUUGUCCACAUGAUGCGUGUGCGGACGGUGGCGGGAGUGACCUAUUUCUGUCGGACAGGGAAGUCAUUUAAAGGACAGGUGAAAAACCGCUUUCUAUUGGCUGACUGCAGGGCCGUGCUCAGCGGAAACUACAGUUUCAUGUGGUCCUAUGAGAAGCUGCAUCGCUGCAUCGCUCAUCUCUUCCUGGGAGAACUGGUCACCACCUUUGACGAGGAGUUCCGCAUCCUGUUCGCUCAAUCACAGCCCCUCACUGUUGACCACGCCCUAGUGCCUUUCUCCUCUGACAGCAGCAGCAGCAGUUACUAUGGUAACCAGUUUGGCUUGAAGCGGACCCAGUCCCUGCGAAACCCUCUGGGUUUCCAACGACACACCCCCGAACUUCCGGCCUACCCUUUCGGAGGAGGAGAUUCCGAGCGCUCUGCGUUCCGAAGAGAUGACAUGUUCCGACAUACCAUUGAACCAGGAGGACUGAAUCUUGGGAAGUUUGCAGUGUCACAGCAGUUCAGGAUGCAGCAGAGCCGCUCCAUGGUCUCCAGGCAGAUGGAGAUAAGCGCCAGUGACUAUAAGAGGCACAGCUACGCAGAGGGAACCCAGGAGAGCUACUCCUCUUCCAGACAGUACAUGAAGCACAGAGUCAUGAACAACCUGGAUGAGACAGAGCAGCACUACCACAGGGAGCAGAGCCAGUCCAGCCACUACUACCAGGGUGGUGAGGGACCUGGGUUAGGGCUGGGGUCAGGGCUUGAAGGACCUGGCUCAGGCCAUGGACACUACGACAGGCUGAGGAACAGACCAGCACUGGACCAGUACUCUGACUCAGGCUACCCCUAUGAGGAACCUCCUGGUCCAGAGGGCUAUGGCAGAGACUACUUCUCCUCUGAGGACCUGAAACAUGACCCGGGACAUCCACCAGCAGGGGGAAGGUACGGAGGUGGCAGUGGCCACAAGAGGCCGACGGUGGGCCAGCCCUACGCCUGCCUGUCGUCCCCCACCCAUCCGCACCCCCCAGAGAAGCAGGUAUUCCCUGUUCCAGCGGAGGCAGACCACGACCAGGACCCCAACGUCAGACAGGGCCUCCGCAGCUGGAGGAUCAACUCCUACCUCAGCGCCUACGGGGACACAGGAGAGGAGGGGCUGCCCCAACCUCUGGGCCCUGAUGCUUUCCAAGACCCUGAGUCUGAUGGGAAAUCGUACGCCCAUGAGGCAAGAGAGCCUCCGAAUGUCCCCUCCAAGCCUAGACCGGAUAUCCGACCGCUGCACUACAGCAAGCCAUUCAUGCCUGAGAGCAUGGGGAAGGACAGGGCUGACCGAUGGACCACAGAGUGGGAGAGAGAGAGAGAGAAAGAGCGGGCGGUGGGGGGGAGGGAGGUGGGUGCAGACGUGGAGAUACCGUCGUCGAGGGAGGCUCCGGGGGAGGUCUCGAUCUCCAAACACGAGACGGUCCGGAUGCGGGUCAACCCGAUGCUCCAGAGGAGUUCCCGGCUGCGCUCCUCCCUCAUCUUCUCCUCCUCCAAGACGGAGACCCACAUGGGAGGCCUGGGCAUGAAGGUGGCCAACGAGGAGGACGAGAAUGCCGACUCGCUCCGCACCACCUCCAUCGUCCAACAGAUCCUGGACAAGAGACGCUCCUUGACCCGGGAACCCUUUGAGUGGAGGAAGAAGGCAGAGGAGAACGAGAGAGAGAAGGAGAAAGAAGAGAAGGAGAAAGAAAAGAAAGAGGCUUGGUUGAAAGAGGAGGCUGAGCCAAAGAAAGAGCCCCCCAAAGUAACCCCAGCCAACAGAGAGGUGCCUAAGAACCCCCUGGCCGAGGUGGAGACCACGAAAGUCACCCCAGCAUCUGCAGAUCCCCCUAAAUCCCAGGCAUUGAACAUGAACAACCCUUCCAAUAGACUGCAGUACUUCAUGGAGCUGGCUGCUAAGAGGAAUGCAUCUAAAGAGGCUGUGAUUAAAGAACCUCCUCAGAAGAAACCAGACCUUCCAGACACUCCUUCUUCCAGCACGACCGCCACCACCUCGGUCCCCAAAGUCCCCUCAUUUUUCGUGACUGCUCCAGAGCCUGCCCCAAAGAAACCACAAGUCGCAGCCACACCAGAGCUAAAAUGUAAACUGUCCAUCACCUCAAGUUUCAAAAUCUCAGAGCCUGCCGCUUCUACCACAGCCCAGAGAAAAGACAGCAGCUCGGAGUCGCAGAGGAAAGAGAAAGAGCCCAGUAAGAUUCUAAAGCCAUUCCCUUCUCCGAAGAUCUUCAAGAGGGACACUCUGAAGCCGUUCAAGAGCUCCAACCCACGCCACGUCUCCUGCGAUGAGGAAAUGCUAACAACGGACGCCACAGACGCAGAGAAAAGCGAGCUGAAGAAGUCUCGCUCCAAAAGCUCGUCCAGUAUGUCACAGACCGAGUCUAAGGAGGGGCUCCACAAGAACCUGGGCUCCAACACCUCCCUCAACACCCUGGGAGGGGAGGGAAAGGCCGACACCAAGCCCCUAGACUUCCUCAAGAAGCAGACUCAAAGACUCAAAGGUUUCCUGGGACCCAAGGACAAGAAGAGCUCCGGUGGUGCGACAUCGGCAUCCAACGGAGACGAAAAGACCAUGAGAACUGUGCCGGAAAGCUCAGAGGAGCCUGUGAUCGCCGCUAAACACCUGAGCUCCACCGCUGACGCUAAAGCCACAGACUAUGCCACCUCCUCAGCCAAUCACAAAGGUGCGUCCAAAACGACAGGUCUGUCUCGGUACCAGAGCUCCAGUGGCUCAGUUCUGUUCAGUAGCAACCUGAGAGACGACACCAAGGUCAUCCUGGAACAGAUCUCUGCCAACAGCCAGAAGAACCGUCUGGAGCGAGGAGGAGGAGAGGAGGCCGGAGGGGAGAAGGGCGUAGACGUAGUGGGGGAGAAAGGAGGGCUGGAGAGGGAGCCGACGCUCAAAAAGAACCGCUUCCAGAGGCCCCAGGUCAACCCUCAGGAGAGAGAUAGCCUCCUGAAGAGGAUCGAGAGCAUGAGGAAGGACAAGAAGGUCUACAGCCGCUUUGAGAUGGGGAAUAACCUGGGAUAACUAAAGAUGGCUGAAGAACAUAUUGACUGGAAGCUGAGUGUGUGUGUGUGGAGGACGUGCAAACACACACCAACAUGCACACACACAUCGUUCACAUUCAGCAACAUAUGUGCCAAACACAUCAUCAGAAGACCAGAGAGAGAGGGAGAACACUGAACACAAGAACAGCAGAUACAUACUGUGACUUCAGACUGCAAUCUUCGUGGAUAAUCAGACAAUACUGUACUAAACCUUUAAAUGACUGACUAUGAAACUUGAGAUGAAACUGUACCCAAAUAAGGCAAGCGUUGUCUGGUUGGUUUUUGCCUUAUAUGGACUUCAUGGGACAACUUUUCACCGAUUCACCACAACCCUUCAUCCACGCCUAGAGUGAGAGAGAAAGUGUGUUGUGUGUGCAUGUUUUACUGCAAGAAAGCAACUGAACACAUGCCCAGCCAUCAAACAUGCCUGUACAGAACAGCACACUCCCAGUGCCAGUCGUGUGUAUGUAUGUAUGUGUGUGUGUGUGUGUGUGUGUGUGUGUGUGUGUGUGUGUGUGUGUGUGUGUGUGUGUGUGUGUGUGUGUGUGUGUGUGUGUGUGUGUGUGUGUGUGUGUGUGUGUUUGUGUGGAAACUGGUAAUGCUGAAAGUAUGUCUGGGUUUACACUGUGCCAACGGAGCGCCACGUCUCGACAAACCCAGAGAACUAUUAUUAACCAGUCUCCAAACUAAAGACAGCAGAGAGGGAGAGAGGAAAAAUACAGAUUAACCCAGCUAGCACAUUUGGUUCCUUGGAAGUUGUGGGAAUGUACGUUUUUUGUUUUCCAUUGGUUCUCGGAACAAAGACAUACGUUUCCUGACUGGUAAAACUGAACGUCUUUUAAACAUUCUGAGAACGGAAGUGAACAUUUUGCCUGUUCUGAGAACAUUUUUAAGUUGCAGGGAGGUUCUGAGACCAUUUUACUGUGGUUCCUUGAAGGUUUUUAAGUUGCAGGGAGCUUCUGAAAACGUUUUACUGUGCUUCCCUGAAGGUUUUUAAUUUGCAGGGAGCUUCUGAGAACGUUUUACUGUGCUUCCCUGAAGGUUUUUAAUUUGCAGGGAGGUUCUGAGAACGUUUUACUGUGGUUCCCUGAAGGUUUUCUUGGGAGGUUUUAUUAAUGUUCUGAGAACGGAAAUUAUUAAUUAUUUGAAGGUAAUUAAAUAACGUUCUGAGAACAUGUUUCAAUCAUGCAAACACAUGUAUUUUUUAUUGUGGUACGGCGUCAGUGAGAUUCAAACCUAUGAUCUUAUGUUCUCUAGCCAUGAGGAUUAAAAUACUUUUGUUGAUGCUGAAUGUAUACGUUUUUAAAUAACAUUCUUAGAAUGAUAUUUGAAAGCUAUUAAUGUUUUCUUGUGGUUUUUAUGGAAAGUUUUCUUAAUGUUCUUAGAACAUGAUUUUAAAUAUAACAAUGAGGAGACCUGCAGAAAACUUUAUGCUGAGGUACUGAAAUUCCCACAGAAGAUUGUUGUUUCUUAAUGUUCUCUGAACGUUCUGAAAACAUGACUUUAAAUAGAACCAUGAGGAAACCUGCAGAAAACGUUACGCUUAAGCACUGAAAUUCCACCUAAGAAACAUAUCGUUCUCAGAACCUUAUGUGCUAGCUGGGUAUCCUGCACCAUUCCCAGAACUUUGUUUGAAGGUUGAAUGCAAAAUAACCCUAGGACAACCACACUCUCACCAAGCUCUAAGAAACAUAUUGUUCUCAGAAUUGUAUGUGCUAGCUGGGAAAGGAGAUGGAACGAGAUGGACCAACAGGGUAAGAGAAUUAGAUACUGUGCAUAUGGCUUGCAGGUCUUUACAAUUUUGUAUUUAUUAAUUAAAUCACCAGUACCUUAGAAGACAA